AUGGGAAGUAAAUUAUCUCCCCUACUGGCUGAACUUUUCAUGAGUGACUUCGAAACAGAUCUCGAAAAACGGGAGAAACUUUUCCCUCGAGUUUGGUGGCGUUAUGUUGAUGAUAUCUUCGCCACUGUCAAGGAACGGUAUCUCUCGCAGACGCUUGAGAUUUUGAACAACCAGCAUAGCUCGAUCAAAUUCACCGUCGAAAAAGAAGUUGAUGGGAAACUUCCUUUCCUUGAUCUGUUAAUUUCUAGAAAAGAAGACAAUACAGUAAAAUUCGGAAUUUAUCGUAAACCCACGUCAACAGAUCGCUACAUUACGGUUGAUUCAAACCACUUUGGUGCGCAAAAGCAAGCCGCUUUUCAUUCGAUGGCCCACCGUCUGUUCAACAUACCAAUGGAGAGCCACGAGUUUGAACAAGAAAAGCAAAAAAUUUUGCUGGCUGGUGAAUUGAACGGGUACGAUAAAGAGUUUAUCAGCAAAAUCCUCCGGAAACAUGAAAGGAAAAAGCUCCGUAGCAACGCAACCACAUUCAAACCAGAAAGGGAUGAAUCCCAAAGAGUCAGCCUGCCGUACCACCCUCCACUGACAAAUAGUAUCCGAAACAACACACUCAGACAACAAUCGGAUGCUGGCGACGACGAGGACGAAUUAUUCUUCAGUCGCGAAGUAGGUAUCUAUGUUUAG